AUGGUAUCUCUGGUGGUUGUUGUAGAUCAGAGGGAAGGUUAUGGAGUUUUCAUCAUCAUGGUGAUGAACAUGAGUCUUUGGUUUGCAGGCCUGCCUCAGUCACAGUUACAGAGUAUACUGCAGCAUCCAGAUGGGACUGUCCUGAAGCAGCUGCAGCCACCACCUCGUGGUCCCAGGGAGCAGGAGUUCUACAACAAGGUUUAUGACUCUGACUGUUGCGACAGCAUUCUUCUGGAGCUGCGGGAAUAUCUGCCAAAAUACUUCGGUGUCUGGUCACCACCUACUGCACCAAAUGAUACGUAUCUAAAACUGGAAGAUGUGACCCGUAAGUUUAAUAAGCCUUGCAUAAUGGAUGUAAAAAUAGGUCAGAAAAGUUAUGAUCCGUAUGCUUCAGCUGAGAAGAUACAGCAGCAGGUCAGCAAGUACCCGCUGAUGGAAGAGAUUGGCUUUUUGGUACUUGGCAUGAGGGUUUACCAUGUCUCUUCUGACAGCUAUGAGACGCAAAACCAGCACUAUGGAAGGAGCUUGACAAAGGAAACGGUAAAGGACGGCAUAUCAAAGUUUUUCCACAAUGGGUACUGCUUGAGAAAAGAUGCAAUAGCUGCCAGCAUUCAGAAGAUUGAAAAAAUUUUGGAGUGGUUUGAGGGCCAGGCGCAACUCAACUUUUAUGCAAGCUCAUUACUGUUUGUUUAUGAAGGUUCAUGUCAGGCAACAACUGUGAGGUUGAGUGAUGUCACCCUGGCAGAGAAGAGAGGAGUGCCCAAAGGACUGUUAUCAGGUGGAGACAUACUGGAGUAUAAUAAUAAUAUUCAUGUAAUAAAUUCUACAGAGAAUGGAAAAAUUGAGGCCUCUGUAAGUAAAGGCUUGUCCAAAUUUUAUGCACUUCACAAAAAGGCAUACUCUAAGAGGCAUCACAGUCAACUCUCACUAAAAGUUGAAAACUUGGAGCAAGACAACGUGUGGAAAAGCAGCACUUGCAUUACACAGGAGCAUCUGAAUGGAAACGUUAUACCCCAACUGGAAAAAGUUUUCUGUCACAUGCCAGCAGAGAUCAAGGAAAGCGCAAACGUAGAAGUCCGAAUGAUAGAUUUUGCUCAUGUGUUUCCCAGCAACACAAAGGAUGAGGGCUACAUUUAUGGUCUGAAGAAUUUAAUCACAGUACUUCAAAAUAUUUUGGAUAACUAAAUUCUUUGCUAUGGUUUUUACUGGGGGCCAAUGAUAAAGAAGAGCAACAACAUGAAGAAUUUCUGCACUUGUAAUGCUGUAUAACUGGGUUUGUAUUGUUCUAUAUUUUAUUUGUCUUUGUACUUUUGGUAGAAGGGUUUAACUUUUUAUAAUCUCACUCAGGAAAAUAAUUGAUAGUUAAUUAGGGAGUGUGAAAGGAUGAAGAUACUUGAGAUUACACAGGAUAGGUAAAUUAGUAGGAUGAAAUAUAUGUGGUUGGCUUAAAUCCAAGAAGUACAACUGUACAAUAAGCGAGGGUUACGUUAGUUCCUGUAAUGACUUUAGCCUAGAUAACAUUUGCCCACUUAGCCUUGACACUGAGCCGUAUCUCCGUUAACAGGUUUUUAGAAAAAGGACUGAAAACUAUGAAGUGCAGGAUUGAUGUCCUCAGUACUGCCCUCUUGUGUUUACCGUAUUUAAAUAACUGGAGUUAACCCUACUUUGAGAGAAAUCCCGUUUUGAGUCAGUAGUCGAACCUGGAAGCCAGUGUAUCAAAAAGUGCUUUUCAAUGUCAUGGCACGAUAUUGCUGUUAUUUCAACACUGGUGUGGGCACUUCCCCUCUUAGUGGUUGUCCGUAGCCGAUGUUCACCACAGACAAGCUACAACGUAAUUUGUGUUGAGGUGCUAAGAAAAUGCUGGAGUAAAAUGUUGUAACAGGCUUAAACUGCACAACUGCUAGAGAAACUGUUUGUUCCUAAGGAAGAGUAAAAGAAUGCAAAUGCGAGAUGUUCCAGGAACUAAUUUGGUUUAGGAGAUUAAGUUAGUCUGUUAAUGGAGUGUCUGAUGUUGUGACUAAGGGAAAUGCCUCACUCCUUUGUUCUCAUGGCCCUUCUCCAAAAACAUUGCUUUUAAAAGCAAACUAAUUGAAUGGGGAAACAAAGCAUUUUGUGUAAGCAUACAGAGAUUUCCUCUAGCUGUUUGCCGCUUGUAUUUUUGCAACAAGCGUUUCACAUUUCCACUGCUGGGGAGCACCGACUGGAAACGACGAGCAAUAGAGGUGAAGGACCCUUUACUGCGAAGAUCCAGUUCAGCCCUGGAGCAACCAGACGUACCUCCGUUUGUCGCAAUGGAGUUUGGCUCUCUCACCAUGGGCUAAAGCCGGCUUUUUUUUUUUUUUAAUGACACACAGGCAAGCUGUGUAAUUUGAAAGUUGUCCCAAUUCCUUCUUUAACACAGGAAAAAUUAAAGCUUUCAUAUGGAGUAUUUGAGAUCAGGAUGAUGUAUCCAAAGCAUUUUUGGUGUGUCUCUUCUGUGUGCUGUGUAUGUGGCUGUCCUACCAUGCAUAUAUAGUCAGCUAUACAAAAAGUCGGGACGGAGGAGUCUUGCCAUCCUUAGAGCAAGAUUUUAAUGCUUUAAGCAAGUCCCAGCAGUAAAACCUUUUUAGAAUGGAUUUGGUCAUUGGAAAUACACAUCUUUUACAUAUGGACUUAAUGUGACACUGUGGCCUUGCUGCUCUCUCUGUAUGAUGUUCUGCACUAUGCACUCAUUUGUGUACACAUCUUUGCAAGUUCUUGAUUUGACAUGUGUUUUCUAUAUCAAAAAGAGAUAAAUACUUUUUCAAACAAAUAUGCUGUUUUAAAUAAAGCUGAAAUUUUAGCUCUUUUCGAAGCUGGGUUAAUUGGAAGAAACAGGGUAUUAUGUGUAGAACUACAUUGUUUAAACUUUAGAGCUAAUAUUGGCCAACACAUUCAAGAAUGAAACCAAUCUGUUAGAAACAUAAUGUUUUUUGAAGCAUGGGAAAAGACACUUGUAGGAGGGGCAGUAUCAUUUUGUUGAAAAUUUUAUGCAAAUUAUGGUGAAGGCCAAGGGGAAAAUAUCAGGAAGUAUUUUUCUUCUACCUGGUAUUUCCAUUGCAUCAUAUAGUUAAUAUAUUCCCAACUCUCUGUGAACUAAUUUAAGCCAUAUUCCAGGAAGAGUUUAUGGUUUUGUUUGCUUUGAUGCUGGUUUCUCUGUUAUGAUUUUGUUGUUCUAUCCUAUAAAUAGUCAACACUAGAGUAGUCUAGGCUGGUAGUGGCCUUGUAUGAUAAAUUCACCAUGUUUUAUAGAAAAUACGGAGGGAAACAUUCAUAAUCUGAAUUUUUGUCCUCUGUAAUUCAUCUCUUCUGGGUUUUAAUCCAUUUUGUGCCGGAGAAAUCAGACAUCUGCCUCAAAGAAGUCAAUUAUUGGAAAAUUAUCUGUAUGCUCUGAGUAUAAGCGCGUUCUCCUGUCUCUGCUUUAAGAUAUACGUCUUCAGUGUUUGAGUGCUCUUUAAGUAUUGAUUGUUGUGUUGACUAUGGCAGUGUUUGUAAUGCAUCUGGAAUAUUGUUAAACUGUCAGAAUAUUUUGAAUAAAAAAAAAUAAAAUAAUUUUAUCAUGGUUUUUUACCAGUAGUUAUUAUGGAUGUAUUUCUGUUAAUUUAAAAUGUACCUUGAGAGAUAACAGUAUUUUUAAUUGGAAGUUGUGUAAAUAAAGCUUGCUGUAGAGGUGUUUUGGCAUAGUACCAGCUGUGAAUUUAGGCCUGCAAAGGCAUUAUAUUCACAUUGUUCUUGCACAUUUUAGAUUUGGUGUUUGUAGUGUCUUGUAUCUGAUCAGAUUGUUUUCAGUUAUAGUUGGAGAUGUAUUUGCAGAAAUCAUAAAACAGAUUACAGAAUUAAUUAGAAAAUGAAGAGGGAGACACUGGUCACUAAAUGUAUGCAUUGCCACCGAUCUCCCUCCCUCCCAGUGAUGCCUCUUUUGUUCUCUGUACGAAGCGUACAGGACAAGUGACAGUUACGUGGAAAUCUUUACGGAAAUGGUAACAAGGCUUAUAGAUAUUUCUGUCCCAUAAAACUGAAAGCAGGUCCCUUCCCCAGACUGGUGUGGUAUAUUGAGUGCUGUUGUUGUUGAUGAAACCCGUCUGUUUUGAUUUUAAGCAAUAAGAGUUUGAUUUAGCAGAAUCGAUUGUCAAAAGGGAAGACUCAUGGAAGCGUUGUUGUUCAUGGACUCUUUGAGAAUAUACUUUUCUGAAGACUUUCUACCUAGGUGAUUGUAAGAAUUGUGUAUAGGCUUACCUAAUGAGAGUUUGAAUUGUAUAAAGUUUUAUAAAAAAGCAUUUACAUAGAUGGUAUUUUUGGAUAUGGGUGGAAUUUGUUGCAUAAAUUACAUUGGCAAUUAUUAUACCAUUAUGAGAUAUUUAAAAUAUUUUAAUCAAAUCAUUUUAUGAACUAAACUGGAGACUUUACGUAUAGUUUUGAUUCACAUGAAACUUGUACUGUCUUCCAUUUUUUUUUCUGCUGUAAUGCAUAGUCACACCGUUCUUGUCCAUAACCCUACAGUUUCAUGGAGAACUUUUAAAGUACUCGGUAGAUUAGGAAAUCACUAAUUCCCUUUAGUUUGAUUAACAGAGUGCAUACGUUCUUGAAAUACUUAUAUGCACAUGGUAUUUUAAGUAAUGUUAGUGUGUUAUAUACAUCUAGAGCCCCAGUAAAACUUCCUUACCUGUGGAGAGCUCCUGCUGAUGAGAGUCUGGAUUACGCAGUAUUUGAAAUGGGCCUUUUCACCUGUAACAGCAGCAGCGGCAAAGGGAAGGCAUCACCUGUGCUGGCCAUGUCAGGCGGGGGUGUUUACAGCCCGAACUUAAAAUCGUCGUAAUUGUUUUCUCACUUCAUGAUGUGAAGUACUAUCAAGUAUAGGAAGACAGGGGAAGGAUAGAGACUCGCAUCCACAUCUGCUGUUUAAAGUUAUGCUUAGUUGUUCAUCCUGCCUCCUAAUUGUUCUUUUUUUUUUUUCUCCAAGUAAGUUUCCUCCUGAGUGCCUUCUUCGGCCCUUGCCACUGAUAACCUUCUGUAGCAUCAUCAUGGAAUGAUUUAAAGUGAAAUUUUUAUUUCCUAUAAAACUUACGCCCCAUAACUGCUCUUAAAGUGCAGGUAUUGAAAACCACCAUCAAAAUGCCUCAAAUACUGUGGGAAAUGCAAUUUCCCUUUUGCAGUCUUUCCCAUGAAAGAGUAGGAGUGGAACGUUAGUGGAGAGCAUGCUUUGAUGGGAGACUGGAUUGUAGGUUUUAUGAAACUUCUUUAUCUGUGUGUUGAAGAGAACAUUUUGGGGGCAAGGUGAGUGACGGCCAAACUGUAUGAAGUUUUCCUUUUCUUACUGCAAUUAAUAUUGAGGUUUGGGUUUAAGAAGGUAGUGUAGCGGGAAGCAGUGAAAGUUCAUAAGGAGCCCUGAGUAGGACAUCUGGUCAGUUCUGCAGUGCAGGUAAUGGCUACAGAUAAGAUCCAAAGGCUGCAAGUCUUCAAGUAUCUCGCAGGGAGAAUAUGCCAUGCAUAUUCAUCGAGUUACAACAGACCAUUGUAGGAUGUUACCUGUGAGGUACUUUCCUCUCCAUAGCCACAGGCCAAAUACUGCCCGUUUUCCAGGUUCACAGCAAUCUAUAAAUGACAGCUGCAGAGAAGGUUGUCAUCCAAAGGACAAAUGUAACUGAGCAGUGCUUGAAGGGGAAGAAAAUGAGAAAAGCUAAGGAUUGUACAGCAAAAAACACACUUCAAGUAGCAUCUUUUACUAUAGUCUUGUUUAGUGGAGAUGGGCCCCCUGUAUUUGGAGUUUAAUUUGUUUGUUAUAUGACAUUUGGCAGCAAAUAGUCAAAACAAAGGUACUCUAAAACCACCUUAGUUUGAGUCACAUACAUUGGUUCAAACAGCUAUUUUAUUUUUUUAAAAAAAGAGACCUAUGAAGUAACUUUCAAAUAUGAUGUGUGUUGCACCUGACUAUAAAUGAAACUAGAGUGCACAAAGGCACUUUAAUACUCUGGGAACUGUACUGGAAGAUAAAUGAAAGCAUGUGAAAUUGUACCUGAUGUUGUGUUGUUAAUUGUUUUUAAAAUCUAAAAGUCUAAUUAUGCUUGAUGGAUGAAUGUAUCUAGUCUAGUCUGGUCUCAGUUUCUUUGAUUCAAGUGUCUAAAGCCGUCACUCAAUUUCUUUUAAUUUGUAUGUGUUUGUAAUUUCAUUUGCUGUUUUUUGCCAUUAUUGGACUGCAGGGGGUAUUGUUAGUAUUACCUGUGUUUAUUUUAUAGAACAUUGUAUUAUGUUAUCUACCAACUUUUGUAACUUAAUUAUAAGUUAUAUUUAGGAUAAUUCUAAUAGCUGUCUAUUUGGCAAAUUAUUAAAAUUUUCUGCAAGUGACUUGC